AUGGAGGACACGGGCGCUCAUGUGGUGGACACGACUGUCGACGCUAUCGCCGAACCGGUCGAGUCGUCCGCAACGCCUGAGAGGACGAGUGAGGGCACGGCUGCAGACAAUGGACACAAUGGUGGCGGAGAUAAUGAUAAUGAGGCCAAUGAUGGCAACAGUGGCGAAGAGAUACCGGAUAUGAUGGCUAUAUUGUAUGGCAAUGAGGAAGAGGCGGACGCGGACGACGAUGAGGACGACUUUGUGGCCAACACUACUACCGUAUCUCAAGAGUCCAAUACUGGAUCAGUCGGUGGUGUGGUUAAGGCGGAAGUGGUUGGGACGGCAGGUGUGGCAGAGGGGCUCUCAACAGGUGCAGCCGAUUCGGGUCGGAAGCGGAGGUCAAAUGAAGCCAACGAUUCCUCUCAAAACAAUAGUAAACGCAUUAAACCGGAGCCGAUGUCUCCUCCAAGAAGUCGGUCGCAAGAGUCGGUCCCUCUAGUCGCAACCAUACCAUUGACCACCACUUGUGAACAGAUCGAAGUGGAAGAGGAGUUGCCGAAAGACUCGCGACAUUUCAUGACUUAUAUAUUGUCUUUGAGUGGCAAUGACUUGGAGGCCAAAGACAUGACUGAACUGUCGAUACACUCAAAGCUGAACGACAUAACGCGUACUCUUGAGUUCCGAUCGAUGGACACGUUUCUCGAGUCGUUUGUGCCGUUCGUGAUAAUGGAUUUGUGGCGAAACGCCAAACAAGAGUGGGGGUCGAGACCUAAGAGGGUGUUGGGCCGCAAGUGCUCUAUAAUGACGAAGUGGAAGACCAAUCGGAUGUUCGACGGCUUGGAGUUGAAGUGCAUUUCAGUGAUCGGAUCCGACGAGAAGCCGCACUUCCGGUUCGGACAGUUGGCAAUGCUUCAGACGGCCAUCCAGACUAAGGCCGACAGCAAUCAGCACACCAUCGGUCGGCGCAAGUGUUUGGCGUACAUUACGAGUCACACCGUCCGAGAGACUAAUCCCAACAAUCAGACAGAAGUGAAUCACUUGAGAACGUUCUCCAAAGCAGAGAAGAGGCCGUACAGUAUGGUCGAGGAGAUCACGUUUAUGACCAAAUAUGGCGACGACUUGUAUAUAAGAAAUGAUUCGCUGCUUAUCGCCGAUCCCAUGAUCUGUAUUCACAAUUAUGUACUGCAAGUGAGAGCCCUCUAUAAGUUCGAUCAGUUCCCGGCUUACAAUCAAGUCUUCAGACCUAUAUUCACGUCGAGAGCGUCCGGUCUCUCCGUCCGAAUCGAUGAGAAAAGGUAUGACUCGAGGGAACAGGAAUGCAUUCAGACGGCGCUGGAUGUGGUGGCCAACCCCUCCGCCUCUCACUCAUACUUCCUGUUAGUGAAGGGCUCGGAGAAGACGAACAUUUUGGGCGAAAUCGUGCGACAAAUCGUUUUAUGCGAUUCGUUCCGUCAGAUGAAAGUAUUGGUCACUUCUAACGACGAGAAUUCGCUGAAAAGCAUAAAUAACUUCUUGAAAAGCCGACGAAUUUCCACUUAUUUUACGGUCAAAGAUGUGUCCGAAUUGCGAGACCCGGCCAUCAAAUACAUUAACCAUAAGCUCUCCAAACCAUUGGAUGAGCACCAGAAGGGUCUCUACGAGGACUGUCUUCAGUACUUAGAACAGGACAUCCACUUCGAUGUGUCCGUCGAUUUGAUACUCCAAUUGAAUAAGAUUUACGAGCAGUUGAAACGUGACCUCAUGUUCAACAGCCACGUGAUUAUGGGGCGCGUCGACGACCUGUGCAAUGAUAUCUCAUUCUAUAACCUCUUCGCGAGCCAUAAGUUUCCCAUCAGUUGUUGUGUU